AUGGCGGCAUCUCUGUCCUCCGACUUCGAUGAUCUCCGCUCGCCGAUACUUGCGGCAGCGGAUAAGAAACCGGCGGCGGAGAAGCUCUGCAUCGAUGACAUGCUGCAGAAGUACUGCGGCGAGUUCGGGCGGUGGCAGCUCAAGCACUUCAUCUUCACCAGUCUCGCGUGGGCGCUCGAGGCCUUCCACACCAUGGUCAUGAUCUUCGCCGACCGCGAACCAGACUGGAGGUGCGUCCCCGGGGCGGCCUGUGACGGCGGAGGGGAUGGCGGCGUCUGUGGCCUCUCGCCGGAGGCGUGGGAGUGGGUCGGCGGCCGCCAUGGCUCCACCGUAUCGGAAUGGAAUCUGAUUUGCGGUGAUAAGUUCAAGAUUGGGUUGGUUCAGGCCGUGUUCUUCGCUGGAUGCAUGAUUGAAAAUAUUGAUGGCAAGAUUAUUCAGAAGCAACACAAUAUUGACGCUGAAUUUUCAGGGGCUGGAAUAUUUGGCCACCUCUCAGACUCCUCUCUAGGAAGAAAAGGUUCUCUCACAGUGGUUUGCGCCCUAAACACUCUCUUUGGCUGUUUAACAGCACUGUCCCCAAACUACUGGAUCUACGUCCUCCUCCGCCUCCUCACCGGAUUCAGCAGCGGCGGCGUUGGCCUCUGUGCCUUCGUCCUCGCCACCGAACCCAUCGGCCCCACGAAGCGCGGCACCGCGGGCAUGUCCACCUUCUACUUCUUCUCCGGCGGCAUUGCACUUCUCUCUGGCAUCGCUUACACCUUCCAAACAUGGCGCUAUCUCUAUAUAGCUUCCUCCAUCCCCUCUUUCCUCUACAUCAUCCUUGUCCUACCCUUUAUCUCUGAGUCCCCAAGAUGGUACCUUGUUCGCGGGAAAGUAGCUGAAGCCACGAAGCUCAUGUCCACCAUUGCUUCUUCCAACGGGAAGCACCUUCCCGAUGGUGUUCUCCUCGCACUCGACGACGAAGCAUCGUCCGCAAAAAACCAAGGUUCAGGUCAUGACAUAACAUUGGUGACAUACAAAAACGAACACGUGGAAAACAAAGACGCGCUAGUUGGAUCCAUCGUGGACGUCGUUCGUUCCCCCAUCACUCGUGUAAGGUUGCUCUUAGCGGUGGCUCUUAACUUAUUAGGCUCCGUGGUGUACUACGGGCUUAGUUUAAACGUCGUGAACCUCGAUACCAACCUUUACCUGAACGUAAUGUUGAACUCCGUGGCGGAGAUGCCGGCGUUUACGAUAACGGCGGUGCUUUUGGACAGGUUUGGACGGAAGCCGUUGACGGUGGCGACGAUGUGGUUUAGCGGGUUGUUUUGUUUGAUGGGGAGUUUGAUGGGCAACGUGGGGGUGUGGAAGGUGAUGAGAAUGGUAUGUGGUGUUUUGGGGAUAUUUGGGAUGGCGGGGACUUAUAAUUUGUUGUUUAUUUACACGGCGGAGCUGUUUCCGACGGUGGUGAGGAACGCAGCGCUUGGAUGCACCACGCAGGCGGCGCAAAUGGGAGCUAUAUUGGCGCCGUUUGUGGUGGUUUUGGGUGGCUGGUUGCCAUUUGCGGCGUUUGCAGCAUGUGGAAUAGUGGGAGGAAUGUUUGCGUUUUAUCUUCCAGAGACGCUGAAUCAACCUCUAUAUGAUACAUUCACUGGAAUGGAAGCAGGACUUGCUUGA